GGGGGUCAUAGCUUCAUUUCGACGAGUUACGAAUAUUGGUCACUUUUCUCUCUUCUUCAAACUCCCCACAACCUCUAUGUUUUCUCCCAUCUCUCAAAAAUAAGCCCAUUGCGCUAUUUGACAGGCAAUUGGCCCCGAGUGUAAGAUCAUAAAUGCCCUUCGUUGUGGCGGCCCAUCUCUUGAUUGAUUUCUUUUGUGCGGAAGCUAUAUUGCAUCGGGUUAGGGUUCAAUCCAGGGGCGAUUUGACCAUGAAUAGGGGCACAUCUCAUCACUCGACAGACACCAGUUAUUCCGCUUUGGUUAUAUCCUUUCUUAUUUCUGAACUAUCGAGAUGCUCCGGCCCUUUUCCCUUUUCUUCACUUGAAGUGCCCUUCUAAAUCCAAGCAUGGAAAAGCUGCUGGCAAUCCUCAGCCCGAUCCCAGAUCCGCAUCUGCCCCCCGCUCGGCCUUGGAAGCCCACCGUUUCAGGUUCCGGAGCAGGAAGGCCUCCCAUUUGACGAGGAAGAGCUGUCUGUAUGCAAGCUAAAAUGUCUCAUCACAAUGGGACGGCGUUUCUGGAUCGGGGCGCAUCGGAUUCCAUAUUUGGUUGACCAUCUCGGUAUCUAUACAUAGGUAACAUGUACAACUUGUGAUGAUGCGGAGAGUGGCAACAAGACGGGAGACGCAUG